UACACAAAGCUUGCAAAAAUGGAUAGUGUCGAGUAUGGUUGAAUGACUUGUGCAGUAAAAAUCAAUGACUAACGGAUAAGUGUCAAACUUGCUGAGUGCUUAUUUAAAUGAAACGAUAUGGCACAAUAUUUUCAUUUGUAUAAUAGAUUCAAACAGAAAAUUUAAAGACGUAUGACGGAAUUUAUAUAUCACUUCAUCAUCUUAGAUAGAUUUUUCGCGCACCUGUCGUUGAUAGCUGUGAAAACUUGAAUAACGAUGGAUCCAUUGAGAUUAAAAAGUGGGCUUCCUACACAACAUUCGUAUUACUAUAAACUUAUUAAGUCUGGUAGAAUUACUGGGAAAGCUCGAAACAAGACAGAUUACACGCCGUCAACAGAACCGAAUGUCCAUGAUGACAUUGAGUGUGAGAAUCCAUUUAUUACCACUUCUGUUUCUCCAGGACUGGAAUUACCUGGUGAAAACAGGGAGAAAAUCAAGGCCAAAAAUUAUGCAAUGAGAUCAAAAUCCCUACAGGAUUUAAAAAAUGCCAGACGAGAAACUGGACACAUCAGCCAUCAUGGAAAUGGAAUGGACUCUGAAUAUCUCCAAAACCUUUACAAGAAAUAUCCACACACUUUCCAGAGAAGAAACCCAAAAGAUUCAAGGAGACCCUCAAGGCAAAUGUUCAAUUCUCGUCUUCAUGUUCAUUUUGAUGAUGAAGUUCAUUAUGAUGAUGAUGUUCGCAGUGUUAGUUCAGAGAGACCAGCAGUAACCAAAUAUGACAGAGAAAUGGAGAGGAUUUUUGGGCACCAUAGACAUCCUCGUUCAUGUUUAACAAGUCCCACUCCUUCUUUAAUUCUUGACUCAACAGAGAGGCACCGAGAACAUGUUAGAUUGCCUCCAAAAACCAAGUCUUAUACUCUGCCAAAUCGUCCUAUGCACCAUGAAGGCAAUGGAGAGGUAUCUGGACCACUGAAAUUUCAAAGAGCCAGCCAAUCAGAAAGUGAUUAUGGCUCAGAUCGUAUAAAAUUGUUAGAACUAGAACUUGAAAGGAAAGAAAAGCAGAUACAGAGUUACAGACGUAGACUGGAGUUCCAGCAACAUAUUCCUCACAGUACCAAUGGUACCUUAUCUGACUCCUCACAUUGGAGAGUUCUUAGUCCAGAUUCCCCUCCUGAUAGUGCCAUUGAUGUUGACUCCUCCUCUGUACAGUCCUCCAACUUGGGCCCCUCACACCUGUCACCCAGAAAUGAUCAUCUACCUUACCACACUGGUCAGCUGAAUCAAGAAUUCUCCCCUAAAGAGAGAAAAUAUGGCUCCACUGAUCAUCUGAAUCAGAUGUCCAUUGGUGGUUACCUGCAGCAUAGACACAUGCAGAAUGGAAACCUGGUGCAAAACAACAAUAAAGAUUCUGAUGUGGAUUCCGGUAUAGCGCAAUCAUUAACAAGGAUGAGAUUUGAUAAAGGAAUUAGAGACCUCCGUAAUGGGACAUCUGUGUGGGAUUCUACCCAUCUGCACCACAGACCAAUGUCAGCGGUGGAGUUUGGUCAUACAAGACAUGCUUUAGACAAGUUUGAAUUCCUAAAAGACUCCAGAACAUCAAGGAGGAAAGAUAGUGAUGAUGAUUCUAUCAUUCAAGAAAUACAACAUCACCCUGUGAUGACUGAAUACCAGUUUAGGGCUGUGAACCAGCAACAAGAGGAGGAGGUGGAUGACUCUGAUCCUAGCUUUGGGCUUCCAACCAUUACAGAGGAUGAUACAUUUGUUCGAGAAAUCUACCAACAAAGAAAGAAGCCCACUCCUUACAAAAUAGUGCAGCGGUGUCUGACAGCAAGGCCAAAUAGUGCUCCCACGUGGAAGAACUGUGCAAGUGAAAGCCAUGUGUCUGUGCUGUGUACACCAAGAAGAAAUGAGAAAUCGUGGAAAUUUUCUGCAAUAAGUCCUAGGGAAGAAGAGACAGAAAAUGUCCAAACAUUCAAGAGCAAAUCAGAGAGUCAUCUACAUGGAAAAUCAGAUGCCAGGUCUUUUUUCCAUGAUGAUGAUCAAUUCAAGUUUAGUCCUAAGAUUGAGGAGAAGAUACAAAGACACUCCAGAAAGUUGUCUCAGUUGAGUGAUUCUGACCUGUCAGAGACAACUCUCAUCUCCUCCCAAAUAGCUCUCAGUGAAAAUCACCUCAUUGGUGCACAUUAUGGUGAUCAUAAAGAAAUACCCCUCUCUCUGGAAACUCCUCAUAACUUUAACCCAAAGGAAAGAGUAACUGAUAACUCUUUUGCAAAACCAGGAUUUAAGGAGCCAUUAUCAAAAGUGCAAUUCAGAAAGGAUCUGAAGUUGACAGAUUUGAAUGAUGACAUUUUAGGACACAUGGGGGAUAGUGAUACAACUAACUCAGGCCUUUCAGAACCUGAGAGACUGACACCAUAUGAAGCUUCUGUGAUAAAAAUGGACCAACAAGGUUUAGAUGUAGAGGAUCUGAUUGAAAGUGACUCAGACAAUGUAUUUGCUAAGCCUCUAGUGUUAAACAAAAUUCCGAAGUCAGAACAUCGAGAAAAGGAGCUUAGGACUAAAUCUCCAGAGAGAGUGAUUAGUUCCCAUGUUACAGUUAGCAGGGAAUCAUCAGCUUCAGUGCCAGAGUCUGAGAAUACAGAUCCUGCUUCUGGCUCCUCAGAGCUUUCUGCAGAAUCGGACAACAAUCAAGGAGAUGGAAAUGCAGCAUCACCAUCCGCAGAAGACAUGUACGAUCCCCAGGACCCAGACUAUGCAACUGUUAUGUGUUCUCCUGUUGAUGGAAUGAAUCAACUCACCAUAUCAGAUCCUGUACAAGAAAUGACGAAAGAAAAACCCGAUACCUCCCAUCAUAUCUAUGCCAAAGUGAAACAUGUUAACAGAAAAACAGAUACAUCUGACUCAGAACAAGAGAAGGGUAAAUUUAGUAGCCCAGAUGAAGAAAUUAGACUCCAUGGUAAUGGAACUAACAAUUCUGAGAGUUAUGUAGUGGGACCGGGUACUAAGCUUAGUAGAAAAGUGUCACAGAGUACCCCAAAUGUGGCAGAGACCUCUACUUACAACUCUAACCAGGAAGUUCCUCCAUUACCGGACAGGAAUUAUGGGAGUACCACCAACUUGGCCAAGAGUAAGGAACUGAGUGGAUCCAGGAUUUCUCUGUCAAAUAAGAUGAGCAACCUUCGGGCAGCAGCAAAGAGCAAGUUCAAGACUCUGCGAAAGGCCGUAAGUCUGGAUAAAGGGAUCAAUAAGACGCAGGGGGAGUUCCGGCCAGAGGACCUCUCAGCAGACAUGCCUCCUCAGGGAAAACCCCCAAAAGCCAAGAAGGGGAGAUCUCUCAAGAAAUUAUUUGGGAGGAAAAGUUCCAAACACAGAUCCACAGAGAUCUCUAAUCAUGGAAGCACAGAGACUUCAGAUAAGGUGAUGGUGACUGGACAUUGUAGUUCAAUAGAGUCCAGGAAAUCAGAAGACGAGAUCUCGAUCAGUCAGCUGAGGGAAGUCCUUCCUGAUGGGACACAGAUCGUAGAACUGAACAGACGACACAAGGGACCAAUCGGAUUCUACAUAGCAAGAGGGAGCACACAAUUCAAACAUGGAAUCUUUGUGUCUCGAUUCUCAGAAGAGGUAGAUGCUGAUGAACGAUUUGCUGGACUGUUAAAUGUAGGAGAUGAGAUAUUAGAAGUAAAUGGACACAAUAUCAGUGAUGCGUCACUGGACGAUGUGUACGACCUCAUGGCUGACCAGUCUCUAGAGGUCAAGAUUUUACCACUGUUGUCUCGUAAGGAUAUUCAUGAACAGUCCACGUGCUGAAUUUCUUGGGAGAUGUUACAUAUUCAUAUUGAAUUGCAAUAAUUAAUCUACAGUUAUUUGCAUUUGCAUGGUAUAAAGAUAUCUAUCAAAAAGGAUUUUUUUUGCAAUAGAAGUAUGCAAUUAUUGUCCACUUCAUUGCACUGUUUUACAAUAUUUACCAUAAAGAAAUGUAUCCUCCCAAUUAUAUUGUGUUACACAAUUUACAUAAUAUACUAAUAGGAGUAUACCAGAACUUAAAUGAAAGGUGUGGUGGAUCUUACAUUUUUUUCAAACCAUAUUUAUUUAACGAGUUAAAUUUUGACAUUUAAUUGCCAGAAACCAAUGAUAAAGAAGCUAUGUUCUAUUGUGAUGGAGAUUAUGUAUUCACCUCUGUGUUAUGAAAAUGAAAUGUUGAUUUCAACUAUUGUGUGUGAUUAAUUUAAAACCAGUUUUGUGACAUUCUAAAACAUAUCAUUUCCAAAACUGUAAAUUUUUGUAAUGUUUCAUGAAGUUAACAAACAAGUCAAUUUUAAAUACAAAUGUGAUGAAAUAUUCUGUUAAACACUUGUUGAGUCUUCCGCUAAAUGUUUGAACCACCUGUUCAAAUUUUGAUCAUGCCAACUUUCAUGUUGAAUGUGUAAAUGUUAAAUGUUCUCUUUAAUUAGAAUUAUUGUACUUUAUAUACAAUUUUCAAGUGUAGAGUAUUUUAUACAAAUGUUCAAGAUUGAUUCUCAUUCAAGAUCCCAAAAAGAAACUACUGGUAGAUAACUUUAAAGAUUUAAAAGUUAUUGGAUUCUGCAUAUUUUAGUUAUUUUGAAUUCAUUUUUGGUGCACUACUUAAUGCCCAUAAAUUAGUAACCACAGCAAACUAUUUUAUGACAUUAAAUACUGGUGCAUACAUAAUUUUAUAUGUGCAACUUCACAACCCCAUCAUAUUUUCAUCCCAACUAAACAGAAAAUUCAUCAGUCAAAAAGUGUCAAGUUCCCAGUAAACUUAAAUGACUUGUUGUAAGGAGAUGGGUGAACAUGAUGAGCGAUAAGCCUAUAGUGUGACAAACAUGAAGAUGAAAAAUUAAAUUUCAAAUCUCUACAAUUUGCAAAAAUCCCUCAAAGAUUGAAAUUAUUUGCCUGUGAAAUAUUAGACACACACUAAAGCGGGCAAAAAGAGUCAUUUUCUCAUACUAUAACACUAUUUUUCGAUAUGAGUGGGUCUUCGCUCCACCUUUUUGAAAGAUAAUCCUCAAAGUUUGCAUACAAAUGUACAUUUUUUGGUUACCAAAAAUAUGGAGCAAUGACCCACUAUACCUUAAAAAUAUACUUUUAUGACAUAACAUUCGCAUCUUUUCAAAAAAUAGUUGAAGUCCAUUAAGUCAAGGGUCAUAUCACAAACAUGAUUUAAAUGCCACUAUUCAUCAGGACUUGUGUAGUCUAGUGGUUAGCGUGCUAGUCUCGAAAGAAAAUGAUACUCAGGAUUUUUAUUGCUAGGGUUCAAACCCCACGAAUACCACAUUAAUUUUUUUAAUAAAAGAAUAAAUUUUGCGGAGAAAAUUUUCCUCAGAAAAGUUUUGUAUAUCACAAUUUCAUAAAUUUCAAUAAUGAGAACUUUACUCUAAAUAUUAAAUUCACAAACUGAACAUGAUUUUUGUAUUUCUGAAGCUAUAGGCUUUCUGCACGCUAUGUUCGCCCGUCUCCUUUGUCUUAAACACAGUCAAGUUUUAAUUCAUUUAUGGAAUUUCAUUAAAAGGUCCUCUUUUACCAAGGACAUAAAAAAAAGCUUUUUUUGAAGUUGAAGACACUAAAUAUGUAUGAUUUCACCAUAAAUAUUAUCAAAGCUCCUCUUUAUUUCCAUGAACUCUCAUCUUUAAUUAAAGUCCCCACAAUUAAAAGGCCUGGGGUUUAUAAAUUUUCUUAGACUUUAAAGUUGAAAAAAAUAAUCUAAAAUAAUACAGUAGAUGUGAAUUUGCAUAUUUUUCUAUAGACACAUUGUAAAAGGUACAGAAUAUGAGGCUGUAACCUCUACGCAGAUUUAACAAUCUUGCCAUGUCUUUUGUGAUUUUAACAUUUGAUAUUACAGCAUUAUUUAUUACAUUGUAUUUAUUUUGGUACUUCAUAUUUAUUGCAUGUAUUUUACAUCUAUAUGUGUAUUUAUAAUACAGAAAAUGAUAU